ACAUUAAAACAGCUGCAUGUUGGCUGUCAGGCUUAGCUAAGGCAUCAGCAAGAUGCUGACAAUUAGUCAAGCUCUCGUAGCCCUAAUUGUGUCUUUUCUAAUCGUGCAGUUUCUGAAGCUGCGACAGGCAAGUAGACACCUUCCCCCUGGGCCAAUUCCUCUGCCCGUUGUUGGAAACUUGUUGCAGCUGCAUUUUCAUCUUCAUCGUGAUUUCCUCAUGCAGCUGGCAAAAACUCAUGGUGACAUCUUCACUUUGUGGUUUGGAUGGACCCCCAUCAUUGUCCUGAAUGGAUUUCAUGCAGUGAAAGACGGUCUGACUGCUCACCCGGAGGAGGUUUCUGGGCGAGCAGUGAGUAUGUUCUUCAGAGUGAUGGAAAAAGGAAAAGGUAUUAUCUUUUCAAAUGGCCGCACCUGGAAACAACAGAGACGCUUUGGGGUGAUGACUUUACGCCACCUGGGAAUAGGGAAGAAAGGCCUGGAGUACUGGGUACAAGAGGAGGCACAGCAUCUGCUGGAGCAUUUUGCGAGUAUGAAAGAAAAACCCCUGGAUCCGUGUUUCCCUCUCUUCCACUCAGUCUCAAAUGUAAUUUGUGCUGUGGUUUUUGGAUAUCGCUUCCCCAGUGAAGACAAAAACUUUCAUCGAUUGCUUAAAGCCACUGAGACUCUCUUCAGAUUUACUGAGAGCCUCGGUCACCACCUAUAUGAAUUAGCUCCCUAUAUAAUACACCAUCUUCCGGGACCUCACAAGAAAGCCUUAUCUGCCUAUGAUGUCCUAAAUUCUUUUGCAAGGAUGGAGAUCACCAGGCAUCUGGAGAGAGGGAUACCGGAUGAGCCACAGGAUUUCAUUGACUUCUACUUGGUUGAGAUGGAAAAAGCUAAAGAUGGAUCCAAGUCUGCAUACGAUGAAGACAACUUGGCUCAUUCUAUAGUUGACCUUUUUUUGGCUGGGUCGGAGACCACAGCUACUACGCUGUACUGGAGCCUCCUCUACAUGGUGGCCUAUCCAGAUGUCCAAGAGAAAGUGCAGCGGGAGCUGGAUGCUGUUCUGGGGUCUUCCCAAUUAAUCUGCUAUGAGGAUCGGAAGAAAGUGCCCUACACGAAUGCUGUGAUUCAUGAGAUCCAGCGCUUCAGCAAUAUUAUUCCAGUUGGAUUACCCAGAGUCUGUGCAAAGAACACGAUGUUGCUGGGCUUUUCCCUUGCCAAGGGCACCACCAUUUUCCCUAAUAUAGGUUCUGUCCUGUAUGACCCUGAGCAAUGGGAGACCCCUCGGCAGUUCAACCCUGGUCACUUCCUGGAUAAGGAUGGAAACUUUAUGAACCAGAAAGCCUUUUUGCCAUUUUCAGCAGGACAUCGGGUGUGUUUGGGCGAGCUGCUGGCAAGAACUGAGCUCUUCAUUUUCUUCUCCAACCUGCUGCGAGCAUUCACCUUCAGGCUGCCCGAGGGAGUGAAGCAAGUCAAUAUGAAGCCCAUUCUUGCAGGCACAUGGCAGCCCCAUCCGUACGGGGUUUGUGCAGUUCCUCGCUAGUCUGCAGCACAUCACAGAUGAAGGGCUGGUGUGCAAAAUAACCAUGUCUGGGGCUGAGAAUUUCCUUCCUCAAGUAUUAACCUUUUUUCCCCCUGAUGCUGGUGGCAGUGUAUCCCAUUGACAGAAAGUCUCUUACAUUACUAAACCAUAGGAAUGUCCCUGCACAGUCCUGCUUCUGAAAUUUUUUGUCAUGAAUUUCUUGUUGCUAGAUCACAGAUUUAAAAAAGCAUAAAAAAGGAAACUGGAAUCAGCUUUUAUUUAUGGUGGAUUUGGAUUAGAUUACCUAAGAACUAUAAGAUGAGGCUUCUCAGGGUAGGUGCAUUGUAGUUUUAAAUCUGUAGGAACAAAGUGGGGGGAUGUGGGUCUGAGGGAAGGACAUGGCUGAAGGAUGACUAUGAAUAUGCAAGAAUGACAUAGCUUUAAGGAAAUACUACUUUCCUUAUUCUCACAACAUUAAUUGCUGGCUAAGGACUACUCUUUGGACCUGAACACACAAUGCAUUUUCUCUGACACAAUGUACAGCCCUUCCCUGGGCAAGUCAUGGAAACUGGGACAGCAGUUUACUGAGAGAUCUGGUAAACUAAUAUGGAGUAAGUGACCCCAGGCAUAUAUAUUGUGUGUCUGCUUCCAAGCCCCAGAGCUGCUGAAUGGUUAUCCCAAAUCCACAGUUUUGUUACCCUCAGAGAUCUGAUUUGUGCGGUGGUGUGGAGCAAAGCAUGCGACUACUCCCAAAAUAAACAUGGUGUAAGUGGU